AUGAAGGCUUUGGAUCUGCAUGAAUGGUGCUUCGACAAGAUUAGGAGUUCAAAUGGUCAGAUAUUGGCAAUGUAUUCCAUUGGUUGCCAUGAUGAAGAUAUGAAUAAGGAGUUUUUAGAUGGCUUGAAGAGAAUCGAAUCUUCAAAGUGUCGCGCCCAUACUAUGAAUAAACUGGAUUUCUUGAAACAAAUUGGUUUCAAGCACUCAAACCUCUGUUUGAUGAUAAGAACGAAGCCCAAGAUACUAAAUCAGGGCCACAAGAAAGUGGAACGGAAGUUGAACUUUUGGUGCCAGGAACUUGGAUCCUCUAUACAGGAACUAGAGAAAGUCCCAGGAUUUUUGUGUUUUGACUUGGAGAAUCGGACUAAGCGCAGAUACAGAUUCUAUGUUUGGCUUAGGAAGACUGGCUUAUAUACGAAGAAAUCUGCCAUUUCAACCGUGAUUUAUCCUGAUGAAAAGCAGUUCAUAAAGCGCGUUUUUGAGAUUCACCCAGCGGCUCCAAAACUUUUUCUUCUCGAGGUUUCCUUGUUCACAGUUACAGAAUUCGUUAGCUACCUAAGAAGGGUCAGUACUUACAAUCUUAAUGCAGCAAGUGGAAGUGUCGAGGCUCUUAAUGCUUGUGUUUUGUCUUGCCAUGACGACGAGAGGUUGGCGUUGUUGCAGUUCAAGCAAAGCUUUGUCAUUGAAAAAUUAGCUUCUUCUUAUGAGGGUGCUUAUCCUAAGGUCUUGUCGUGGAAAGCUCAAGGAGGAAGCAGCAACUGCUGCUCUUGGGAUGGCGUCGAGUGUGACGAGAAGACGGGCCAUGUGAUUGGCCUUAUUCUCAACAGCAGUUGUCUCUAUGCCUCUAUCAAUUCCAGUAGCAGCCUCUUCCAUCUUGUCCAUCUCCAAAAGUUGAAUCUUGCUGAUAAUAACUUCAGUUACUCUCUCAUUCCUUCUGCAAUUGGGCAGUUUUUGGGUUUGACAUAUCUAAACCUCUCAGAUUCACGGUUUUAUGGCCAAAUUCCAACAGAAAUUUCACGUCUUUCCAAAUUGACUUUCCUCGACCUAUCUUCACAUUUUGAUCCUUUCACAUCUUAUUAUCCAUUGUUGGUACUUAAUUAUCCCAGUUUGAGGAGCCUGGUUCAAAAUUUAACAAGCUUAGAGUGGCUUCGUCUCACAUCUGUUCACAUACCAUCCACAGUUCCUGAUUUCCUAGCAAAUUUCACUUCUUUGAAAGCCAUUUUUCUGCAAAAUUGUGGAUUGUAUGGUGAGUUUCCUAAGAACAUUUUUCAUCUGCCAAACCUAAAAAUUCUUAAACUAGGGUGGAAUAAGGACCUCACUGGUUAUUUGCCUGAAUUCCACCAACGGAGUCCGCUUGAGGGUUUGGAGCUUUCAGAGACUAGUUUCUCGGGAUGUAUACCGCCCUCAAUUGAAAAGCUUGAAUCAUUAGAAUGGCUAUAUCUUCGGGGAUGCAAUUUUUCAAGGCCGUUACCAUCUUCACUUGGUAAGCUUUCCAAACUUAUUGAUCUAGACAUAGGCGUGAGCCACUUGGGUGGUCCAAUUCCAUCUUGGCUGGGAAACCUUUCCCAACUGGUUCGUCUGUAUCUUGACAACAACAAUCUAGAUGGUAGUAUUCCAUCUUGGUUUGGAGCCCUCACACAGCUAAACCAUCUGAACCUCAAAUUUAAUAAUCUAAAUGGUUAUAUUCCAUCUUCUUUUCAGAAUCUUAGUCAACUCGGUUAUUUAAGCGUUUAUGAUAAUCACCUAACCGGACCAAUCCCAUCUUCAUUUGGAAACCUCACCCAACUUUUUUACAUUGAUCUUGCACGCAAUGAAUUGUGUGGUUCGGUUCCGCAUUCAUUAUACAAACUCAUGAAUUUGGAGACACUUUAUCUAUAUGAUAACAAACUCACUGGCACCUUGGAGUUUGACUUGUUUUUUACUAUGAGAAGUCUCGUUGACCUUAGCCUGAGUGGGAACACUUUGUCACUGUUUUUUCACCAAAGAAACAUAAAUGCAACAACUUCGAAAUUCACAGGCCUGGGUUUGCGAUCUUGCAACUUAAGUGAGUUCCCAAAUUUCCUCAGGCAUCAAAAUAAAUUGGAGUGGUUGAAUCUUUCUAGGAAUAAAAUUCACGGUCAUAUUCCAAAAUGGAUGUGGAAUACAAGUUUGGAAACUUUGACUUUCCUCUUCCUUAAUGACAACUUCCUGGUAGACUUUCCCCACCCAUCACCAAUAUUUCUUCCAUGGGUCAAUCUAUGGGCAUUGGACCUUAGUUUUAAUUUGUUGCAAGGACAGUUGCCGAUUGCUCCAACAUGGAUGUGUGAUUUGAGCUCUCUUUGGCUACUCGAUUUGUCUUCAAACAAUUUGAGUGGCACGGUUCCACAAUGUCUAGGAAAGCUUAAUUCCCUGUCAGUGUUGAAUUUGAGAAACAACUCUUUUGGUGGUACCAUUCCUCAAGUAUGCGCGUUGCCAAGUAAUUUGAAGAUGAUUGAUCUCAGCAAGAAUAAAUUCAAGGGGCAAUUAGCAAGGUCGAUGGCCGCUUGUACGAAGCUUGAGUAUUUUGAUGUGGAAAAAAAUCAACUGACUGAUAUCUUUCCUGCUUGGUUGGGAACUCUUCCUGAAUUAAAAUUUCUAAGUCUGCGACAUAAUAGAUUCUAUGGUUUUAUCAAGAAACCCAAACAAAAAUUUUUGUUCGCCAAGUUGCGUGUUAUGGAUCUCUCUUACAAUAAUUUCACUGGUAAAUUGCCUUUUCAAUACAUGCUUAUUUGGAGUGGAAUGAAAGCUAUCAACAAUACAGAUUCGAGAUACAUGAAGGAAACGCAAAUUUCUCAUCCGCCCAGAACAAAUAUAUCGCAAUCUUUCAAUUAUUACUUUUCUACUACAAUUGUCAACAAAGGUCAAGAAAGAAAUUAUCCGGUGAUUUUAGAAAGCUUUGCAGGGAUUGACUUCUCUUGCAACAAAUUCAAUGGAGAGAUUCCACAACUCGUUGGAAACCUCGUAGCUCUUCGUUCGCUGAAUUUGUCCUUUAACAAUCUUACCGGUAGUAUUCCAUCAUCCUUGGGGAAUUUAACGGAGCUUGAAUCACUAGAUCUUUCUAAUAAUAAGCUCUCAGGAGAGAUCCCCCCGCAGCUAACGAGACUCACAUUCCUUCAAAGUUUUGAUGUAUCCCGCAACAAUCUCAGAGGCCCCAUACCACAAGCGAACCAAUUUGGUAAUAUGGAUAAUACCUCUUUUGAAGGUAAUCCAGGUCUUUGUGGGAAUCCGUUAUCCAAGAAAUGCGGAGAUUCCAAGGCCUUGCCACUGCCACCUUCAAUUGUUGAAGAAGGCGAUGAUUCAAAAUCUUCGAUUGAACUGGAUUGGAAAUUUGUUUUGGCUGGAUGCAUAUGCGGGUUUGUCGUUGGAGUUGCUCUUGGCGACUUGUUGUCUUGCCAUGAUGACGAGAGGUUGGCGUUGUUGCAGUUCAAGCAAAGCUUUGUCAUUGACAAAUUAGCUUCUUCUUAUGAGGGUGCUUAUCCUAAGGUCUUGUCGUGGAAAGCUCAAGGAGGAAGCAGCAACUGCUGCUCUUGGGAUGGCGUCGAGUGUGACGAGAAGACGGGCCAUGUGAUUGGCCUUAUUCUCAACAGCAGUUGUCUCUACGGCUCUAUCAAUUCCAGUAGCAGCCUCUUCCAUCUUGUCCAUCUCCAAAAGUUGAAUCUUGCUGAUAAUAACUUCAGUUACUCUCUCAUUCCUUCUGCCAUUGGGCAGUUUUUGGGUUUGACAUAUCUAAACCUCUCAGAUUCAUGUUUCUCGGGAUGUAUACCACCCUCAAUUGAAAAGCUUGAAUCAUUAGAAGGGCUAAAUCUUUGGGGAUGCAAUUUUUCAAGGCCGUUACCAUCUUCACUUGGUAAGCUUACCAAACUUAUUAAUCUAAACUUAGGCAUGAACCAUUUGGGUGGUCCAAUUCCAUCUUGGCUGGGAAACCUUUCCCAACUUGUUCGUCUGUAUCUUGACAACAACAAUCUAGAUGGUUAUAUUCCAUCUUUUCAGAAUCUUAGUCAACUCGGUCUUUUAAGCCUACGUGAUAAUCACCUAACCGGACCAAUCCCAUCUUCAUUUGGAAACCUCACCCAACUUUUUGCCGUUUAUCUUGAAGUAUGCGCGUUGCCAAGUAAUUUGAAGAUGAUUGAUCUCAGCAAUAAUAAAUUCAAGGGGCAAUUAGCAAGAUCGAUGGCGGCUUGUACGAAGCUUGAGUAUUUUGAUGUAGAAAAAAAUCAACUUACUGAUAUCUUUCCUGCUUGGUUGGGAACUCUUCCUGAAUUAAUAGUUUUAAGUCUGCGACAUAUCUUUGCAGGGAUUGACUUCUCUUGCAACAAAUUCAAUGGAGAGAUUCCACAACUCGUUGGAAACCUCAUAGCUCUUCGUUCGCUGAAUUUGUCCUUUAACAAUCUUACCGGUAGUAUUCCAUCAUCCUUGGGGAACUUAACGGUGCUUGAAUCACAAUCCUUACGAGAUCCCCCCGCAGCUAACGAGACUCACAUUCAUUCAAAGUUUUGGUGUCUUUGUGGGAUUCCAUUAUACAAGAAAUGCGGAGAUUCCAAGGCCUUGCCACUGCCACCUUCAACUGUUGAAGAAGACGAUGAUUCAAAAUCUUCGAUUGAACUGGAUUGGAAAUUUGUUUUGGCUCGAUGCAUAAGCGGGUUUGUCGUUGGAGCUGCUCUUGGCGACAUGAAAUGCGGAGAUUCCAAGGCCUUGCCACUGCCACCUUCAACUGUUGAAGAAGACGAUGAUUCAAAAUCUUCGAUUGAACUGGAUUGGAAAUUUGUUUUGGCUCGAUGCAUAAGCGGGUUUGUCGUUGGAGCUGCUCUUGGCGACAUGGUGAUCACAAAGAGGCGACGAUGGUUUCUCAAGGCUUUCAGAAGAAUUCCACCGAGAAUGGAGAUCAGGCAACGUAGAAAGUGA